AUGAUUUCCUUUUUAUUUUACAGUACUUACAGCACAAAGCAUACGUAUUAUGCUUCUAGAAUUGGUGACAGAAAUGAUAAUUGUUCAGAAUCUCGCACAUGUGACUAUCAAACGAUUUGUGAUAAAGUGCAAGAGAAUGAUACAGUAAUUAUAACAGAUAAAUACUAUGGUGCGAGCAAGCAAGUCUAUGAAUUCUUUGGGUUUGCUCAAUUCUUAGUAAAUCGCAAUGUCAGCAUUUUCGGAUCAAAUACUAUCAUUAACGGAUCAAAAUUUGGAGCUAAACCACUUGAUUUUUACAUAGUCAUACGAGAGAAAUUAAAUUGGAAUUUUGGUGGUUUCACUUUCACCAGAUUUUCAUAUCCAAUUUUAGUUGCAAGCUCAGUUCAUAAUUCAACAUUUUCAAACAUCACCCUAUGCAACAACUAUGUUGAAACCGACUUCGGAAUGGUCUUAUUUACAGCAUCAAUAGUAAAUUUAACUAAUUGGCAAAUUUAUGAGAAUACUGCUAACUAUUCAAGUUUAAUGUUUCUAUCUACAUCAGAAUUAAAUACUUCCAACCUCGUUUUCGAAAGAAAUUACGCAUUUGGAAUUAAUAAUGAUCCUUUAAUUCGAAUGCUCAACUCAGGAAUCAUUUGCAAUGACUCUUUUAUAAGAGAUAAUAGUGUGAAUGAUGCUCCUCUCAUACUUUCUGACUACAGAACCGCAACAAUGUUCCAUAAUACAACAAUCGAACGAAAUUACCACUCAGAAUUCCUACUAUGCGAAGGAAAUUGCAACCUCUCUAUACUAGAAACGACAUUCAAGGGUAAUAGAGGCGUAAUUCUUGAAAUGUCCAAUAAAUCUUACAUAGAAAUUUCAAAUACAUCAUUUAUAAACAAUUUUUCACCGAAUUCCACCCUGAUAUAUCAUCCUGGUGGUGAUUUAUUUGUGCACACCAAUACGAGAUUCAUAGGAAACCACGGAAGAAAUAUUAUUGACAUGAGAGAAGGAGAAUCACGACUUUUCUUCCAUGAUCUUGUAUUUUCCAGGAAUUCUGUUGAUGUCAGUUCCAUUGCAACAGGUUACGGAACCCUUGGCUUCUUUUCUAAAGUUGCUGUUUCAUCAUCUACUCAUAGCGUUGGUUUUAUAUCAGCUUUUAAUGGAUCAAUAGCUAUAUUCUCUUCGUAUUCGAGUAAUAACGUUGGCCCUUUCAUUAAUAUGAACUCUGGAGAAUUAUUAUUACUCAUGAAUACGUUUUCCAGGCCAAAAAGCCAAGAAAUAUUAGUAGAUGAGGUAGAUGUAUGGAAUAUUUUAUCAAUUUUCCGCUCAAAGUUGCCAAAUAUCAUAGAUCAAGUUGGAUUUCCUUAUAUUUUCUGGAUUAUUGUAUUAAUGCUUGCUACAAUAUUCCUUAUAUUAGUGGUCAAUUAUAAAUCAGUCAGAAGAUUCUUCUAUAUUCUGUUCUGUUGCAAUAAUCUCAGAUGCAAGUAUAGAUUAAGGCUAAAGAAGAGAAAACAAAACACAGAAACAGAAAACAAGCAAAAAACUGACUAA